UUUAUGAUUAACUCUGUCAGGUUAAAGAGUUGACUCAGUGUGGUUAAGUGAGCAUAUAAAGAGCACAGAGCAUCUCCUGCCUGAUACCUGAAUAACUCUUCAUAGUUACCUGACUGCUGCUUCUCUCUGUAACUCAGACUUUUGUUCCUGUAGUUUUCUGGAUGAUCUUCAUCUUGUUCAUCAUGAGGACUCUACUUAUUCUCUCUGUUGUCCUCUGUGCUGCUCUUUCCAUCCAGGCAGCAACAGUUGUUCCAGCUGAGGCUGCUGCCGUGCAACAGACAGACAAAUCUGCAUCACGAGCAGCUCGCUUUCAUUUCUGCCUUGAUGGUUGGCUUAGUUUCCGUGGUAACUGCUACUACUUAGCGAACCAUGCUGAUACCUGGACAAAUGCUGAGAGCUUCUGUGCUGGCUAUGGUGGCAGUCUGGCCUCAGUCCACAACAUCUGGGAGUAUAAUUUCCUCCAGCGUAUGGUCAAGACUGGUGGUCACACUUUUGCCUGGAUUGGAGGUUACUACUUCCAGGGUGACUGGAGAUGGGAAGAUGGCUCACAGUUUGACUACCACAACUGGGAAACAACCAGCUCCACUGACAUUUACCAGUGCUUACAGCUCAACUCUCGAGAAUCCAGGGGCUGGUCCAAUCAUGGCUGCAACAUGCACUUCCCAUUUGUGUGUCACCUAAGGUCAAAUUGUUAGUCAUCCCAGUGUUACUGCUGACUUGGAUGAUGCUAUCUGUAAAAACUGUUAUGCCUAAUAAAUGAAAUAAAAAGGUUUUGUUUAA